CUCUGUUCUCUCUCUCUCUCCGUCUCUCCCACCUUCCCUUUCUUACAAUCAUCGGCCUUUCAUUCCCGUAUUUAUUUUGUUUGCGACACUCACCUGAAGACAUCUGCAAAGGGACGACCAGUAGCCAGAAGAAGACAGUCUUUGUCCCACGAGAGUUGUCCACGUGUUGCUCUCUGUUGUGAGGAACCCACCAGCAGCGAUGACAGCAACAGUUUGUGUCCUCCUCACGUCCUGCUUCUUCCUUCUCACGUUCUCCACCACGUUAAUUACGUCACAGACGUGGAACUUGCCUUUUGGCUCAUCGUCUUCGUUACGAACGAUGUUCAGAAACCCUAACAUGCUGUCAAGUAGCCUAGGCGACCCACCGUCCCGCGGGCAGAUGGUCAUCCCUGUGACUCGAGGAGUUGUCGGCGUUCGUAACCAGCUCUCCCCCAUGCAGCAGGAAAUACGUCAGCGACAGCAACAGCUGGCACAGCUGCAGCAACAAAACACUCAACAGUCCUUGCGCGUACGCACGCAGCCCUCGGGACAGUUCGACAGAUCACGUGACGUAGCACGGCCAACGUUCGCCCAAACCGCUGAUGUGCAGCAGUUCAACCCAAAUGACUAUAGAGGUCAAGAUAACAUCGCUUUUCCAAGAGACUUUCAGCAACAGCAGCAGCAGCAUCCACGCCAGGUGCAGCGCCGGCAAAUGUCGGAGGCUGGGUUGCAGUACGAGGGACCGCAGUCUGUCGACUAUAAACAGCAGCUGCAACGGGAUCAACAACAACGGUUCCCACGCCGGAAAAUCUCAGAAGAGCCGCAGUUGCCUUUCUCUCCAUACUCGGAUACAUUUGCUCACCGUGUUCACAGCAACAGGGUUGGUGAGCAGGUGUUCACUGAGGCCAACCCUUACGUCACUGGACCAGAACCGCCCGUUCAUCCAAAUCUCCGACAGCAGUCGUUUCAAUCAAGAGAAGAUACGAUUCCGCAGGUGAAUCCCAGCAAGCGGGCUUUUGAACAAGGCAAUCAACAGGUGCAACAAAACAGUCUCACCUCACCAUAUCAAGGUGUGUCCGGUUCUCAGACGAAUUUUGUGGCGCCACCUAUACCUGGGCAACAAGUGGGAAUAAUGCACAGUGGCCAGGCAGUGCAAACAUACCAAGCAGGUCCAGGGUCUCCGGGAAUGGUUUAUCAAGUUCAUCCAAACCAGGUGAUGGCACAGCCGCCCUUCCCUCCCAGUGGACCGAACGUUCAGCCAAACGUCCCUCAGAACUUUGUGGCAGGUCCGGUGCAGCAACAAACUCACCUGUAUACACAGCCACAGCCUGGUCAGCAGCCGCAGUACAGUGCGAUACCCGGGGUGCCAUCCGGUCCGUUUCCUAACGUACCCCAGUCUGGAGGAGCGCAGGGAGUUCCAGCUUACGCGAUGCCAAAUCCAAUGGCUAUGUACUCGAUGAACCCUGGGGGCAUGGGGAUGGCCAUGCAGCCGAGUGGUAUGGGAAUGCCGAUGAGCGGCGGUGGAGUAGGAAUGCCGUUCAGCAACCCAAUGUUUGGCAUGCCCAUGGGUGGCUUUCCUUUCUGGAUGGACAUGGAAAGCCCCGACUCUCCGGAUCCUGUACAACCAGCUGCUCCUGCCCCACCACCGGCUGCUGCUCCAGCUUCCCCAGCCUUGACCUCACAGCCGGUCAACACAGCCCCACAGGUUUCUCAGGCUGCCCAGCCCUUGUCCACACUACCACAGGCCCCAGUGCCAGCUGCGGUCGCCAUACCAACGCCUGUUGUUAGUGACGUAGCAGCGCCCAUAGCGGUAGUGCCAGUGCAAACCGGAAGUGGAUCAGGGGCAGGUCCUUCUCAAGUUCAAGUACAAAGCGGAACGCCAACGAUUACUGCCCCUGCCACCGUCGUGGCGUCGGGGACCAGUGCAGCAGUUCAAGGGUCUGCAGCGUCUGGGACCCUUCCUUCCGGUCCAGCAAGCAGUCCAGUGCAUCCAUCAGAAGGAGCGACUGCUGCUGCCAGUCCUGCAGGUGUGGGGCCUGUUGCCAGCAAUCCUGUGCAAGGGCAACAAUCACACGCAGCAGUUAUCAGCCCUGAUCCAGCGUCUCACCCAGGUACUGUUGCCUCUGAGGGCAGCAAAAUGGCCGUCAAUGCCUCAACUAGUAACAUACAGCAGACAACAGAGUCGCCGACGUCGUCUACAACAGAAGAAUAUGAGGCCGAAGAAUACGAAUAUGAAGACGGUACGACUACGUCCGCAACUACAACGACGACCAUCAGAAUUACGACAGCUCCUCCUCCAACUCACAACCCGAUGCUUGCCAUCUCGGAGCUUGUGAAAGCAGAAUUCGGCAGAAACAAUUCUAAUUCAGUAAAUCAAGGAGCAGAUGCUGGGGGAAGUCAUGGAGUAGGUGCUGCCCCUGUGUUCAUCUACUUCCUUCCAAAGAACGGUAACUCGUCCGGACACGACGUCGCCUCCCCUGUCCUGGUGAACUUGGCAAGGGUCGGUCAGGAUCUGAUGCCACUGCUGAAUAUCGGAGAUAUUGUCAAAGGGUUUUCGCUUGUGAAGCAGCAGCAGCAGCAGCUCCAACAGCAGCAGCAACAACAACAACAACAACAACAACAACAACAACUAAAAGUGACCAGCGCCACAGGGACAACCGUGAAUCCUCCUUCCCAGAUUGUAAGUGCACUGGUCAAUGUCUUAUCCGCCGCCGCAAUCAAAAGGUCAUCUGACGCAGUCAUGGCAACGCCUCUACCUGUCAUGGCCACACCUCCAGGUGUCCUUGUUUCAGAUGUUUAUAAAAGCCAUCGGUCGCCUUCUUCGUCCGAGACUGCAUCCACCUCUGUCUCAGGGUCAGGCACCACGGGUAGCUACCCGAAAGAAUGGCAGACUCAUUUCGACUACUUCUUCAAGCUGUACUACAGUUUGGGUGGCACGUCUCCCCAACCACCUACCGCCCACCCCGUGAUGUGAUCUCACGCAUGCGCAGUGAUGUCAGGGAUGUGUGAACACAAUAUCAGACUGUUUAAUAUUCCUGAAAUGCCUAUUUUAUAUGCAUUCUUAUGCCUUAGUAUUCCGAUGCACCAUACCUAUCUGUUAGUUGGUGCUGUUUACAUGUUGGCAGACUAUUUCUCCUCCAAUCAUCAUUUUUUUUUUAUCUCUUUAUCGCAGGAAGAUGUACUUUAUUUACAAGUCAAACAUUUCUAUAGUAUUGUCAUAAGAUGCUUGAGUAUGUGUAUUUAUGUAUUUGUUGUUUCGGCAGCUUUGUUGUCACCAGUUGAACUUGUAAGAAAAAGGCAAACGGUUUCAUGUUAACUUUUUAGUGUUCAGUAUUUUUAUCCCUCUGCCUCUCUCACCUUCUCUCUUUCUCUCUGCCUGUUCUUAACAAGUCAUGCGUCAACACUAAUAAAUAAAAAUUAUUAACACUAUCUCAUUGUGUAAUUUAUCAAACCGACUUAUAGAUAAAUUUGCUGUCUCAUUCUUUAUUUUCCAGAAUUAGUGCUUCUGUUGUUCUGUUAAAUUAUGUUAGUGCCGGUGUACGAAACUGUCUGAGUUUUGUGAUCUCGCAAAUUUUUCUUGUAUAGAUAUCAUGCUUAUAUUGCCAUCAAUUUGUUACUAAAUAUUGUAAGUAUGAAAAAUCUAUUUUUAUUACAAAAGAAAAAAAAUUCUAAAGUAGCUUCGAUAUGUCAGAGAAUCAUCUUAUAAGAUAAUGAGAGAAAAUGAAAAUAAAAACAUUAUCGUU